GCUCUGCAGCCUGCGCUUGAAGAAGCUCACGGUGCUGAGGGAGCUGGACAAGGAGCUGAGCUCGGUGCUCAUCGCUGUGAAGAUUCAGGGUUCAAAGCGAGUCCUGCGAUCCAAUGAAUACGUCCUUCCACCCGGGGGCCUGAUGGAGACUGACCUGGAACUGACUUUUUCUUUACAGUACCCGCAUUUCCUGAAGAGAGAUGGCAACAAGCUGCAGAUUAUGCUGCAGCGAAGGAAGAGGUACAAGAACCGCACAAUCCUGGGCUACAAGACUCUGGCGGUGGGAGUCAUUAACAUGGCGGAGGUGAUGCAGCACCCCACGGACGGAGGGCAGCUUCUGGGCCUCCACAGCAACAUGAAGGAUGUGAGCGUCCGAGUGGCUGAAAUCAGCAUCUACUCCCUGUCCAGCCAGCCCAUUGACCACGAAGAUGGCAGCGUCCCCUCCGGCCCCAAAAUCAAAGCCUCGGAUCGCUCUCCAGACAUGGAUAACUACUCGGAGGAGGACGACGACAGCUUCUCUUCAGAGCAGGAGGCCAGCGAUGAUGCUGUGCAAGGCCAGGAUCUGUACGACGAAGAGGAUGAAGUGAGGAAGCCGAAGAAAGCCCGGAGGAAAAUGAUCAGAACCACGUCCAUGAGCAGGCAACCGAACUUCAAGCAGAAAUUCGUUGCUUUGCUGAAGAGAUUUAAAGUGAUGGAUGAGGUUCUGGACUCCGACCCGGUGGGUCAGACCCGAGAAGUGGAGGAGGACCUGGGGCUGCUCUACGACAGCUUGGAGGAAUGCAACAACAGCGACAGCGGCCCCGAGCUGGAGGAUAACGAGAGUGUGCACAGCACCCCCAAGCCCACCCUGAGGCGUUUCUUUGAGGGCGUCUCUCACUCGGGUUCCCAGACUGAGAUCGGCAGUCUGCACGGCCAGAAAGGGCAGGAACAGGAGUCCGGCAGCCCUGGACAAGCAGAGAAGCGAAAGGCUGGAGCUCCGCGGGCCCUGGAGGAGGUGGGCGUGGAGGUGGUAACCGCGGUGCUGGAGGCGGAGGAGCCCUCCCCACGCCCUGGGGCGGCAGAGGCAGCCGGGCGGGAGAGCAGUGUUGACAGGCUGGCCCAGCUGGCCAGCGCCGGCAAGCCCGAGUCCCCAAACGCUGUGUCGCCCAGCAAAGCUGAGAGCAGACAGGUGUGGCGGCCCCGCAGCACCUCCAUGAAGGACCGGCAGAACUCGAGGGGGCAGAGCGACCGCGCCAGCAGCCUGGACAGCGAGAGCUCGCCGGACUCACGGCACAGCGCCCAGGUCCCCCGGAAAUCCGUCUAUGAUCAGCUGAACCAGAUCCUGAUCUCAGACGAGCAGCUUCCGGAGAGCAUCGUCCUGGUGAAUGUCGCCGAGUGGCAAGGGCAGUACCUGAGCGAGCAGCUCCAGGCGCACAGACAACCCGUCGUCUCCACCUGGUCCGUGGCCGACGUCCAGGCUGCCUUCAACACCAUUGUCGCCCGCAUCCAGAGAUACUGUAACUGCAACUCUCACAUGCCUCCCCCAGUCAAAGUGGCCGUGGCGGGGGACCAGAGCUAUCUGAGCAUCGUGCUGCGGUUCUUCGUGGAGCAGCUGGCCAGCAAGACCCCAGACUGGCUGAACUACCUCCGCUUCCUCGUGGUGCCACUGGGCUCACACCCGCUGGCCAAGUACCUGGCGUCUGUGGAUGGGAGGUACAGUGCCCUCUUCCUGGACACGGCGUGGAGGGAGCUGUUCAGCCGGGCCGAGCCCCCCAGCGCAGGUGAGCAGCAGGGGUGCCCGGGCAGUGCCAGCUCUGGGCUGUGCGGGCAGCUGGCGGUGCGCUCACCUCUCCCCUUUGUUACCAGAUUUGCCUGAUACUUCGGGGUUCGC